AUGAAGCUGACAGCUAUCCUCGCCGCAAUGUCGCUCUCCUCGGUCGUCGCAGCGGCCCCGGUGCAGAACAAGCCCCGGUACCUGAUCCCAGGCAUCCCCUCUCCAAUGGACAUUAUCGAGAAGAUGUAUCCUAACUCUGGAAUCCCGAGGCUUGCGGGAAAGGUUGAGAACGAGUUGCACAUCUCUUUGAGAAUUGAAGAGUGUAAUGCAGACAUGCAAUUUUAA